AUGCCACACGCCCCCAAGCCCAAGCCCUCCGCUGAGGAACGGGCCCCUCGCAAGAAAAAUCGCGCCCCCGCCCCGUCUUCCACUCAACCCAACCACGCCUUGGCCCCCGGUUCAAAAUCCCGACAGCCGCGCGCUCCUGCACCAGUCGAAGAGGACACCGACUCCGACGACGAGGAUGCUCGAGUGCCCACGAAGAUGCACGGCGCCUCUGCGCCGAGCUCCACUCGAUCGGCGGGCAGCAAACUGUCCAGCUCGGGCCCGCAUGAUGUCUACGAGGACGAGGACGACAGCACCAGCCGCCCAUCAAAAAGGCGCCGUACAGGCCCUACGACACACCAAAGCGACGACGAUCAGUGUCUACAUCUAGCACUGUAUGCCGUCCGCUCGGGCGGCCUCUUUCUGAACUUCGACAGCUGCCUCCAGGUCGGGGUCUACCGCGCCCUCGACACCCUCGAAGGCACUUCGCUUCGUGCCCUCAGCGCUUCAGCAAAGCGCGAUUAUAACGAUAUGAAAGAUCACGAGGUCGAUUAUUGCGACCGGCUAUGGCAGUGGAUCAGCGACCACUGUCGAUACUUCUCCGAGGUUAUUCGGGCGCCUGGAAGGUUCUCGGAACUCAGCGAUCGCGUUACAUGGAUCUCGACAAAAAUCGGUAUACAUCGCAGCAACGACAUCAAGAACACGAAGUUCUACAUCAACCAGAUCGCAGCUCACAACGCCGACGUCGGCCUCGACAACACUGUCCAUCACAACGCCGAUCGGGCGCUGCUCGGGUUCUCACACAAGGAGCUCGCGCGCCUGCUCGUCCCAGCAACAUAUCUCAGUCAAUACCUAGAGGACGAAGACACAAUACGCUUACAAAUUAAGAACGACAGUGCGCCCUUCACUGUUCGUUCGGGUCUGCUCCCCUCGUUCCUGUACAGCGGUAAGAAAUACUGUGGCGACAAAUUCGAUCCUGAACAUCCGUGGCGAGGGCUCUGCGAUGGCUAUGCCCUAUCGCGCUUUUUGAAGAUGAUUCUUAUUCGGCAUAAAGCCGUAUGCGAGCCCAACGCGUCCUCGCUCAUCAACCCACGCAGCAACUGCAUGCUGAUGGAGACGCCGGUCGUAAUGCGAGAGCACAUCGCGUACUCGUUAGUCAUACUUCGCUUUGUUAUGUCUUCGGUGCCUUCAUGGCCCUCGAACGACGCCGCGUACAAUUUUGCACGCGCGCAUCGUUACUUCCUCGAGUGGAUGCACGAUGACCGCGUCAAGAAGCACGUUGACGCUAUGGUCGCCCGCGUUAAUAAGAAAGUGUUCGGACAUGAAGAAGGCUACAAGCCUGGGCAAUGCUACGACGAAGACGCAUCCGACGACGAGGAGAACGACUUCGACCGCCUCUUAUGUCGUCUCCCGACCGCCUCUCCAAGCCCGACUCUCGAUCGCGCACCACGGCUGCGAACCGCCGACCUUCAAGUCGAACUCGGCGAUGAUACAACACUGGACGACCUGGCCGACUGGCGCACAGACAGGCCCGACGACACCGAGCCCAUCUCAACAACGGGCAAGUCGUCUUCCACCCGCAAAAAUUCCUCACGACCUCCUUCGACGAGGAGCGAUUCCUCAGAUGAGGACGAGGACGAGGACGAGCCGGGGAGCGCUGUCAAAGCCCCCACCAUCGCCCCCCACCCUCCUCCAUCUACUCGCAGUCAGCCAAAAAGGACCAAGGGCCCAGUGGACAGCCAGCCCGCCGCCAUCUCGAGCAGCAAAAAUUCUGCAGAGGAUGGCGGCGUGGACUCCGAGCUCUCCUCCAUCGAAGAAGAUGAGCCGCCGCCACUGUCUCUCUCGCCGCCCCCUGUCCCGCCGCCGUCCCCCUUGCCGCCCCCUAUCGAGCCGCCGGCCAAGAUCGUCCAGACGAGGUCAAGGGCCCCCCGUAUUACAACAGGCAGAAAGUCGCCGAGGAAGCACGGUAACUAG